AUGAGUGUGCGUAGUGUUUUUGUUGUACAAAAUAAUAUUAUUGCGAUCAUUUGUUUAUCAAUACAAUUAUAUACAAGGUUAUAUGAAAGAUGUGCCUAUGAAGAUCCCAUCGAGAUGAGCGCUUUCAGUCAAGUUAUUGAUGACGAACAUAUGCUCAAAAUAACAUCAAAUUUCAAAAGACUGGGAGAUCGAUGUUAUUUAGAAAAUGCUGGGGCUACAUUAUAUCCACAAAGUUUACUUGUGAAUGUGAAUGAAGACCUCAUGAGCAAUGUCUACAUGAACCCUCACUCAGAUAAAUAUACAAAAGACUGUAUAGAGCAAAUUAGAUGUAUGAUUUUAAGGCACUUCAACACAGAUCCAUCAAAUUACACAGUGAUAUUUACUUCAGGAACAACACAUUCUUUAAAACUUAUUCUAGAAGCUUUUAGAUUUUCAUCGAUCUCGGACCCACAUAAUGAAAGAAACAAUGGUGCAUUCGUUUAUUUAAGAGACAAUCACACAUCAGUAUUAGGAUUAAGAGAACUAGCUUCUGAUAAGAAUGCUGACGUGAUACACAUAGGCCAUGAUGAAUUUUUAACAGCUAUGAACACAUAUCAGAAACAUAAAACAUCAUGGAAAGAUAAAUAUAAAAGUAACAAUGGACCCAAUACUUUAUUUGUUUACCCAGCGCAGAGCAAUUUUAAUGGUUAUAAAUAUCCAAUUGAUGCCAUAGAUAAUAUAAAGAAUGGAGGUUUAAUAAGUACCCUUAAAAAAAAUUUGUGCCAAAUUAACAAUAACUGGUAUGUGUUGUUAGAUGCAGCAUCAUUUGUGUCAACAAGUAAACUGGAUUUGUCUAAAACUCAACCAGACUUUGUCUGUUUAUCAUUUUACAAAAUAUUUGGUUACCCUACAGGAUUGGGUGCACUUUUAGUUAAAAACAGUAGUCAAGAUGUUUUAUCACAAAAAAAGCAUUUUGGAGGUGGAACUGUGGACAUUGUUUUAAGCUCAGAAGAUUACCAUAUGAAAAAAGCUAAUCUAUGUGAACGUUUCGAAGAUGGCACUGUAUCUUUUCUAUCAAUUAUUGCUUUGAAGCAUUGUUUUGAUACUAUGCAAAAAUUAAUACCAAGAACAAGGCAUGCCAAUAUGAUGGACACCAUUUCUUACCACACAUUUUCUCUGGCCAAAGAUCUGUUUCAUCAGCUCCAGGAGUUACGCCACAGUAAUGGGAAUAAAGCGGCAGUUCUUUACAUGGAUUCCGAUUUUUCUGAUAUCAAGAAACAGGGAGGCAUAGUUACUUUCAACAUUCUUAGGGACGAUAAAUCAUAUGUUGGCUAUGCAGAGUUUCAACACAUGGCCGAUCUAUUCAACAUCAGUGUUCGAACCGGAUGCUUUUGCAACUCUGGUUCCUGCCAACGUCACCUCAUGUCUACUAACAAGGAAAUGAAAGAAAUGUACAAAGCGGGACAUGUAUGUGGCGACGAAAUAGACCUUAUUAAUGGAAGACCCACUGGAGCAAUAAGAGUGUCAUUCGGAUACUUCAACUCUUUCCACGACGUUGACAAACUAAUCACCAUGAUAUGCCGAUGCUUUGUUAAAGGCAACUAUAGAAGAUCAAAACGCGUACAAAAUAAUAAAUUCACUUUAUUAGAUUCUAUAAAGUCAAGUAAACUUAUGACCAGUCUUUCGAAUUUACACAAAAUUCUAAGUAGCGAAGAUGAACUCAUUAAUAAUUUAAACGAAGAACAGGAAUAUGCACAAUUACAAUCAAAGAUUGUCGUGAAGGAAGCAGCAAUAUUUCCAAUUAAAUCGUGUGGGGCAUUUAAAAUUCGUUUUGCAUGGAAAAUUGGACCUAAAGGUUUUGAAUAUGACAGAGAAUGGAUGAUAAUUAAAGAUACUGGUGUGUGUUUAACACAGAAACAUAAUUCGAGAAUGUGUAUGAUACGUCCAAAAAUAGACCUAAAACAAAGAACUAUGACCUUGCAUUUUAAAGGUAAAAGUCCAAUCACAAUACCUUUGGAUUCAGCGCAAAACCGACUCAAAGAAUCAUCACUUUGUAACAGUAAAGUCUGCACCGACACUGUUCAAGGUUACGAUUGCGGUGAUGACGUCGCAAACUGGAUAUCAGAAGCUUUAGAAGUCUCUUAUUUGCGACUCAUCAGACAAUCUAGUGCCGAUCAUCGAGUUCAAAAGAAGAAAAUGUCUGGAGAGAAAACACUGCUUUCUUUAAGUAACCAGGCCCAAUUUCUUUUGAUAAAUAAGGCCACCGUGCGGUGGUUGCAUGACAAGAUUCGUGACCCACUAUUUGUUGAUAAUUUAGAAAAUUUAACUGAUCGUUUUAGAGGCAAUAUCAUUAUUGAUAUGGAAAAUGAACUAGUCGAAAGAGAAUGGCAUAAAUUAAUUAUUGGAAAUCUGGAGUUUAGGGUUGAGGGACAAUGUAAUAGAUGUCAGAUGGUGUGUAUUGACCAACAGACCGGUGAGAAAACAGCUGAACCAUUGAGGACAAUAUCCGAACAGUUUGGAGGGAAAAUGCGUUUUGGUAUCUACUUAAGCUAUUUAGGUUCACUGGAUGGAAGUGACGAUCAUUCACUGAAGAUAGAUACACCGGUGACGCCUAUCAUUAACGACGAUGAUAUAAGUAGGUGA